UGUCAAAUGUAUAAACACGCGGUAAUGUUUUGAAUUUGUUCCAUACCUUGGAUAGUGCGGUUUUAGAAACGUUUCAAUUGUAUCUUCUGGAAUAAUAUUGAAGAGAGUAGAUUUCCAACUUCCAUACAGAAAUGGGUAAGUCUAAAGCUCAUCGAAUCAAGGGACUGACCGGGCAAAAGGCUCCACUGGGAGAUCAAAUCAACGAUGGCCGUAUUGCGAAGAAACCAAAAGCAAGCAAGUUUCGUCUUCGUGCUGAGGAAGAAAAUUUUGUGGACGCCAAAACGACGAAAAGAAUUUUGCAACAAGCCCGCAAACAACAGGUCGAGCUUAACCUGCUGGGCGAUUCGUUUGGACCUUCUUUGGCGGAGGCAGCUAGCGCGGAUUCCCGCAAGCGACACCGACUAGGCGAACGUGAUUCCGAUGAAUCGGAUGAAGAAUAUCGGGACGAGCCCGAGGUCGAUGGAGAAGACUUUUUUGAUAAUAUUAAAAUCAACAAGGAAGAUGAGCGUGCACUGGAAAUGUUCCAAAAUAAAGAUGGAGUGAAGACCCGCACUUUGGCGGAUAUUAUCAUGGAUAAAAUUACAGAGAAGCAGACAGAAAUCCAAACUCAAUUCUCCGAUAAUGGGUCCUUGAAAAUGGAAGAAAUCGAUCCGCGGGUGCGAGAAAUGUACGAAGGCGUCCGGGACGUUUUGAAACGAUACCGCAGUGGACGUGUCCCAAAGGCUUUCAAAAUUGUCCCAAAGCUCAGAAACUGGGAACAGAUACUGUACAUAACCGAACCACACAAUUGGAGUGCAGCGGCAAUGUUUCAAGCAACCAGAAUUUUCUCCUCCGGACUUACUCAAUAUAUGGCGCAACGUUUCUACAAUCUGGUACUGCUGCCACGAAUCCGUGAUGAUUUGGCCGAAUACCACAAGCUGAAUUUCUAUCUCUAUCGAUCACUCAAAAAAGCUCUGUUCAAACCGGCAGCAUUCAUGAAGGGAAUAAUUCUCCCAUUGUUGGAGUCCGGAGAUUGUACGUUACGGGAGGCAAUCAUUUUCGGGAGCAUUAUAAGCAAUACAGCUAUCCCGGUACUGCACACCUCCGCGUGUCUGCUGAAAAUCUGCGAAAUGGAAUAUUCUGGUGCGAACUCGGUUUUCAUACGGAUCAUUUUGGAUAAACGGUACGCUCUGCCGUACCGAGUUGUGGAUGCAGCCGUGUUUCACUUUCUCCGUUUUGAACAGGACAAACGAGAACUGCCAACGUUGUGGCAUAAUUCGCUGCUUACGUUUGCUCAAAGAUACAAGAAUGACAUUUCAUCGGAGCAACGGGAUGCUCUUCUACAACUGCUAAAGAAAAAGUCGCACCACAAAAUCACUCCGCAAAUUCGCCGGGAAUUGAUGGCCGCUCAGUGUCGAGAUGUCGAGAUGGGUGACAGUUUGGCGCAUGAAGCAGACAUGGAAUAUAAAGAGGAUACAGAUUUUACUCCCAUGGAAGCAGAUAAGGAUUCUGCAGCUGGAAGCAGCAGGACGAAACAAACAACCGAUGAUGAUGAAAAAAUGGCGAGCUCAGAUGAGGAAGACAGCGAUGAUGACGAAGAUGAAAGCGAGGAUGAAGUUUAGAAUAACUGAGUGCAUAAAACGAAUGUUUUCUUGUACAAUACCAUUUAUUGCUAGUGUAUGCGCCAAUACAUCUGUGUUACUGAUAGAAUGUCUCUUAUUACAGGCUAAACCAUUUCCAGUUUAAUUAUCGAAGAGAACUAACAAUGAGGUAAGUGCAGCAUCCGUAAGGUACAUAACAUAGAAUCACCAACUUAUUUUGUAAGACAAUCAAGUUCAAGCAAAAAAUAUGAAUAGACGGGAAAUGGAUUAUAUGAAUUGAUUUUUUUUUCUC